GGAGGUGGUGACGGGCGGCCUGUGUGUGCGUGUGUGUACGUGUGUGCGUGAGUGCGCCUCGCUCCUCCAGCGGUAGUGCACGGGCCCUCACACACUGGAGGAAGGGAGAGUGAGAGGGUUUGAGGAGACGUGACGGCGAGGUGACGUGAUGCGCCAUCGGGGCCUCGGCUGAGGGACGCUGUGCUACCGAGUGUGACGUGCGGCGCCUCCACCAUGUAGUUUGGGACGUGUUUGUUGUGGGUGUGUCGCGACCCCCUCGCCCCCACCCCGCCCCAACCCAACCCAUCCCUUCCCCGCCCCGCCCACACUCGUCCCCCAUGCAGGAACGGACCCCCGUGGCGCAACUCAUGGUGCCCUUUGCCAGAAUGAACUGUAAGGGGCUGUCGGCCAGGGCCAACCCCGACGCUGCGGCGCGCCCCCGGGGGACCUGGACGGCCCUGGCGCCCCGCCCAUACCACCGUAUUCCAGGACGGAGUCUUUCCCCGCCGCCCAUAGCUCCUCGCCGUCCCCCAGGAUGGUGGAGGAGUCCCACUACUUCUCCCUAGGAGGCGUGCCGUCGCCGCGGUCUGGCCUGCCGCCCUUCACCAGCGUGGUGGACGACAUGUUCCUCAACGGCCAGCUGAUGGGUGGGGCGCGGCAGAUGCCCCUGCAGAACAUUGGUCUCGUGGGCGCUCUUAGGGCGUCUCCGCAGCAACAGCAGCAGCAGCUUCAGCAACAGCAGCAGCAACAGCAACAGCAGCAACAGCAACAGCAGGACUAUGAGAGCGUGGAGGGUGCCUCACUGUACGGCUACACGAUGGGCGCGCUGGGGGACGCUGCCUCCCGCAGCAGGUCCCUGGACGACGUGCUGGGGCGCCGCUCCGAUUCGUCCCGCUCCCCAAAGAUGCUGGAUGUGGUGAUGCCGCCCUCGCCAAGGUUCUCCGUGGCCGACAUCGAGGCCGAGGACGAUGACGACGAAGAAAUCAAGGCGUUGAGAAGCGAGGACGACGGCAACGACGCCGGCGACGAGGACACCAGCUUUGAGGAGGACCUGCACUUCCACAAGGACUACGUGUACGGGUUCUAUGACGAGGGCGGGGAGCGAGUGGUGUGGGAGUUCCAUAACGUGACCCUGACCCGUGUGCCUGGCUACGGCUUCGGCAUCGCGGUCAGCGGCGGCCGGGACAACCCACACUUUACCAAUGGCGACCCUUCCAUCGCCAUCUCCGACGUCCUCAAGGCGGGGCCGGCCGAGGGCAAGCUGCAAAUCAACGACCGGCUCAUUUCGGCCAACGGCAUCAGCCUGGAGAAUGUGGACUAUGCCAGGGCAGUGCAGGUGCUGAGGGAUUCUGGGGCAGCAGUACAGCUUGUGGUGAAGCGGCGCAUUGUUUUGCCAGCAGCUCCUGAGGCACAGACGGUCAAGGUCACUCUCACAAAGAAUAAGAAGAAGGAAGACUUUGGCGUGGUGCUUGGCUGCCGUAUCUUUGUGAAGGAAAUCACAAACAAAGCCUCAGUGGAGAAGGAGGGCAGCAUCAAGGAGGGGGAUGUGGUACUUCGCAUCAACUCCACCUCCACCGACAAUCUGACACUAAAGGAAGCCAAGAAGCUCCUGGAGAGUACAAAGGAGAGGCUGAGCUUGGUGGUGAGGAGGGACCCACCCCCCUCCAUGCUGGCCCCUCCAGACCUCACUGUCAAGGAUGUUCGGAAUGCUGAGUACAGCGACACACGGCCCAACUAUUCCACCCAGAACCUAUAUGUUCAGCCCCCAACUCGGGCUGAGCUGCAGCGGGGUCUGUACGGCCCCGACACACCCGACGCAAAGAACAAUCUGAUGAGGUCGGGGUAUAACCCUGGGUUGGGCAUGUCAUCUGGGGAAGCUCAAUAUGGUCUAGAUGACCAGGGCUCCCCCCAGGAUGACGCUCCUCCCCCACGCCCUCCCCUCCCCCGUCCUGAGGAUUACUACACCCGCCAUGCACCCAAGGAAGGCCAAAACUCACCAUCCAAGGUACCAGACCCACGUUUUGUGAGCUUCAAGAAGGAGGGAAGCGUGGGCAUUCGACUCACAGGAGGGAACGAGGUGGGAAUUUUCGUGACGGCAGUUCAACCCGGAUCUCAGGCACAGCUGCAAGGACUUAUUCCCGGCGAUAAGAUACUAAAGGUCAAUGACAUGGACAUGGCAGGAGUGACCCGAGAGGAGGCUGUUCUUUACCUCAUGAGUCUUCAGAACCAGAUCGACCUUAUUGUACAGACACGCAAACAUGACUACGAAUCAAUACUUAACACCCAGAAAGGAGAUCUCUUCUAUAUAAAGACACACUUCCACUAUGAGCCCAACGGCAAGUCCGAGUUGAGUUUCCGUUCCGGUGACAUCUUCCGGGUGGUGGACACGCUGCACAACGGCGUGGUGGGCGCCUGGCAGGUACACCGAAUUGGUCGCAACAAUCAAGAGACACAGAAAGGCAUCAUCCCCAACAAGGCGAGGGCAGAGGAGCUUGCUACUGCUCAGUUCAAUGCUGCCAAGAAGGAGCAAACUCAGUCAGAAUCUCGCAGUGGGUUUUUCAAGAGGCGAAGAAACUCCAGACGUUCUAAGUCACUGGGCAAGGAUCACUGGGAGGAUGUGGUGUUUGCAGACUCAGUAUCCAAAUUUCCUGCCUAUGAGAGGGUUGCACUUCGCCACACUGGCUUUGUUCGGCCAAUCGUCCUCUUUGGGCCGCUCUCUGACCUGGCGCGGGAGAAGCUGCUCAAGGAAAAUCCAGACAAGUUCUCUUCACCACGAAUAUACAUGCGGCUCACUAUGCCAAUACCAUGUUACGGGGGCUAUCCGUACCCCUCACUGCGGGAACUGGACAGCAGCGGGGAGAAGCCGUCCGGGAUUAUCCGUCUCAGCGCCAUCAGGGAGAUCAUGGACCGAGGGAAGCAUGCAGUACUGGACAUCACCCCCAAUGCUGUGGACCGCCUCAAUUACGCCCAGUUCUAUCCCAUCGUCAUCUUCACAAGGGCCGAGUCCAAGCAGAUUGUGAAGGAGCUUCGUAGUGGCUAUCCUAAAGGCCGCAUGAGCAGCAAGAAGCUGUUUGAUCAGAGUGUGAAGCUGGAGAAGCUGUGGUCGCACAUCUUCACUGCCACCAUCAGCCUCACCCAGCCCGAGGCAUGGUUCCGCAAAGUUCGGGAAAUUAUAGAGAAGCAGCAGUCAGGCCCAAUUUGGAUGUCAGAAACUAAGCAGCCUCCUGAAGCUCUGUCUGAUGACUUCCUCUUUCCCAUGACUUCACGUCUCUCCUACGCUUCCUCUCCUGAGUCUGACUUGGAAACAGGACCUGAAUCUCGAACUCCCUCCAAGUCCCUCCACCACCAUCCUCCUCCCCACAACAUGUACCCAGAUUCUCGAGAACCUAGAGGCCGUAUGGUGAAGAGUUCUUCAGACCCCAGUUUAGCAGCUCCUGAGGACACAGAGCCCAAUGCAUAUGGCGGCCCUCCACCCUACACUGCCAGCCCCACCAGGAUUCCAACUGGGCCCAGUGAAACCUACGACGACCGCAGGAAGUCCCACGGUGGGGACAGCAAGUAUGGCUUUGCCAGCGGUGGCUCUUACGGUUCAGACCUGUAUGCCUCCCGCCCCCCCGUGAGCGCCCAGAGCAGCACGGCAGGGGCGGGGGCUGCAGGCAUGACCUCCCACCCUGGCUCCCCAUACUCAGCUGUGCCGCCACCUGGGUACAGUGGUCGGCCUCCCCAGCAGAACCUGUCCCCUCCCAUGCACUCUCCUCAUCACCGCCGCUCACCCAAUGUUCCCCCUGGCCGGAGCCCCCCACACAUGGGGUACUCCCCCCCUGGGCCUGGAGGGAAUAUGGUCCCACCUCCCCCUUACAUCAAUGGCCACUCUAAUGAGGCUGGCCCAGAGGUGCCCCCCAAAGUAGAUCGUACCAGUAAGCCUGGCAGGGUGAGGUCUGGCCAGGACUUUGGCUCUGGGAAGGAGCUUGAUUAUGACGGCAACUACAUCAACACAGGACGAGGCAGCAGUGUAGACCCCCAGCACAAGAGCCCUUACGACAUGGGCAAUCCUCCUCUCGGUCCCAAUGCUCAUGAUGACCUCAAGAGCAGACUGCAUCCACGAUCACCUCAUGAACCCUACCGUUACUCCCGCUCCUCCUCUCAACCCCCCACCUAUCGCUCAGAUGACCCUUACAGGUCAUCAGACUACAAGCCGGUACCACCACCAAAGAGCAGCAACUACAAACCAGUCCCACCACCCAAACCAAAAAACUACAAGCCCCAGGCUCCAGGUGGCAUGGUGCCAGGCCUGGAUGGGGGAGGGGUAUGGGGGGACAUAUAUACCGAUGGUCGGAAGGUGUAUGAGCGUGGCACUUACCACACUACAAGCAACGGAGGUCUGAGUGAUGACUACAGUGGCCUGGACAGUGGGCAGGGCAGCAGCCUAGACAGAAAAUAUGACACCUUUGGCAGAUCCUCAUACAGUAAGGUCUCAUCCUCUGCCUCAGGCCGUAGUGGCUGCUACCUCAAUGUUCCUCCACCGCGGGAUGCAGGAGUUGGCGGCCGUGACUUGCCCAACCAUGACCACAAGGGGAGUGCUUUUGAGCUGUACAAGAAACCCCCAGACCCUCGUGGUCCCCCAGGAGGCCACCCCAACCUCCCAACUUACUCUGACCAUGGAAACAGCAGGCGGUCAAUGGCAGAAGAAGGCAAACAAAAGGUGAUUGCUACGGCGCGAGGGGUCUUUGAUCACAAGGGGGGAACACUCACCUCUGAGGAGACUGGCGUGUCCAUAGUCAUUCCCCAGGGGGCCAUAACCAAGGGCAUCAAACAGGAGAUUUACUUCAAGGUCUGCCAGGACAGCUCACUGGUUCCUCCACUCGACCAAAACAGAGGUGAGACCUUGCUGAGUCCACUUGUGAUGUGUGGUCCUCACGGCCUCAAGUUCUCACGACCAGUGGAACUUCGGCUUCCCCAUGCCGCCUCCGUCUCCCCAAACACGUGGAGUUUUGCCCUUAAGUCAUCUGACACUCCAACAGGCCAGCCAACCCAGUGGACCAACCUGGCCCUGUCUGAUGCACCACACACCUCCCAUGUUGGAGCAAAUUGUGUGUCUGUAUUAGUUGACCAUUUCUGAAGACCCAUGUGACUGCCUUCACUUGGACAGAUUUUAUACUAUCCAGCCAGUGAAGAGGAGAAAAACUUGUGACCCAGCCAUGUCAUAUAGUCAAAAAAUUUCACAUAAAAAGUUUCAGUGAACUACCAUCGAGCAGCUUUAGUAGUCAGCAAUUCCUGAAAAUUUUUAAAAACAAAAUAAAACAAAAACAAAAAAAAAAAGAUAUAUAUUGAACAGUCUUGUGUGACCUCUUGGGUGUUUUAACCAUACACUUUCUUCUACAAGUGCUACAAGUUCUGUUGAAACUUUGACUUUGCCCUGUGCAGUGGUGUGUGAGCAGCUCUGGAUAGAAGGCCAGAGUGAACAGUGAUUAUCAUAGGCAUAAUUCUUUUUCUAAAUACCAUGUUCCAUGUGUUUCGCCUCAGAGUUAACAUGCCGUAAAAUAUGUCCAUUGUGCAAAGAUUUAUUGUUUCUGUUGUUUUAUUGGAGAACUACAUAAUGAUACAAAAAAAAAUGUUUAGAAUGUGGGCUGAAUGCAGUGUUGUCUUUCUGUAAUCAUAGAUUGUCCAUCAGUCAUACACCCUCUGUUCACAGUUGUUCAUAAUUACAACUGUAACACUGCAGAUGCUAUCAACAUAUCUGUUGUGAUCAGGGUUACUGAAAUACUUGGGUGACUCCUACCCAUUACAGGAGUGAGUGUGAACAGUUAAGAUCACAGAAGCUGUGGUAGUAUUAGUGUUUGCAUUGUUGCAGUCAUGGUUGGCAGUGACUGUGAAUGAGGGUGAUAAUGUUAUGUGUGGAUGUCAAGACGUUAUAUCACCAAGAUAUUUUGACAUUUCAUGAACUAGGGAUCACAGUAAAAUUUUCUGUACAGUCUAAUUUGCCUCCUAGUUAUUUAUUAUUUCCACACAACUGACAUGCAUGCUUCUUAAUAGAUUUGUCUCAUGUGUAAAGCACUCAGAACUGUAAUGUUUUGGCGUCUUUAAAUUUUGAGGUUAUACCCCCAGCCAGUGUUGUUUUGGGUGUUGUCAACCUAUGAUGGCUUUACAUUCAAGCUUGUAUAGAAAUUUUAAUAAGAGUCUAUUUAAUUUUGUCCAAGAGAGGUAAACAUUUAAUAAUCCUGUAUACUGGAGGAAACAUACUUUUAAUGAGAGGCUUCAAGUCACAGAAACUUGAAAAUUACUUCACAUUAGGACAUAUAAUAGAUGAGACUUUCUAUACUGUAGAGCUAAUGCAUGCUUGUGUGAGGAGACUGCAAGCCCAGGCUCUGUUAGUGGUACCAUUUUAAGAUUUUGGAAGACAAUAAUAGUAUCAAUGCUUACAUCACUAAUGCUCAAAAUGUUAACGGUAAUUACCCAUGUAUUAGUGGAACAGUGCAAGAAAAGACAUUGGGACAAGAAGAUAUUGUCUCUGUUGAAACGAAGAAAAGUUUCUUGUUCAUAAAUGCACAUACUGAAUCAUGAAUAUAUUUAAAUUCUCACAUUUUAGAAAGCAAUCAAAAGAUUUUGUUUAUACUUAAUUCUGAUCUGUAGCAUUUAAUGUUGAUUACUGGCCCCAAGUUUCAUUGCACAACAUUUGGUUUUAUUUUGAUUUCAUAGAAAACAGAAUGAGUGGAGUAAGCGCAGCUUUUUUGGAUGUAAAAAAUAAAAGCACAAUAUUAGUGUGUAAUUUUUUUAAAAUUGACUUUGCAUUGAAAAGUGCCUUCCUGUUUAAUGAAGUAUUAACUUAAAGUAUCUAAAAAAAUUGCACUUUUUAAUUACAAUACAAUUAAAGGUAUAAUUUUAUUAAAACUCCUUUGUUGAUGUGUAUAUAAAAUAACUGUACAGUGUCCUCAGCUGAAACGUCUGCCACUUGAGGAGGAAGGAGCAACUACUGUGUCAGUAUUUUCAUCCAGUCAGUAAGUGAAUGUUGUUCCCGCCUGUUAGUCUGUUGGUCUGUUUCAAGUUAACUAGUCUAAAAAUAUAAUAAAAAGUGCAGAUUUAAGGAUUACAAUAUCUUGUGUUUUGCUUUCAGACAACGAACCUUAUGGUUUCUGUAUAUAAGAAAAUGCAUUUGUGUUCCAAUGGUAAUAUUUCUGUAUAUGAAAACCAUUUGUAUCCUAUAGAAAGUGUUAAAUAUAAAGCAUUUUUUUUCAA